AUGAUGUAUCUUCUUCGCCGCCCCGCGCUCAAGGCGCUCUCCUCGUCAUCCACAUCCUUCGUCUCCAAGCCGCGGUCAAUCACCACACUCACCUCUUCCACGCUUCGACCACGGCAGCAGUGGAUUGCUUGCCCCCUCCAGAGGAGAUUCGCGAGUGACGAAGCGGCGAGACCAUCCGAAGCUACCGUGACGGACGAGACAGUAACCGAGUCGCCUUCAAAGCCAGAGGCGGAGGCAAUUGCAGAGCAUGGCUCUCGUACGGCAUCGGAAGCGCCCGCUCAGGCAGCAGAGACUUCUGAAGGAAAGUCAUCGAUGACUGAUACCAUUUCAUCCGCCGCUCAGACGAUGAAAGAGAGGGCGACGGAGACCGUCGAGUCUGUUGCGCAGUCGGCCACGGGCGCAGCUUAUGCGGCGACUGGAGGUCUGAGGAGUGAUCAGCGCUCAGCAAACAAAAGCCAGGGAGUGCACGUCCCCGAGUCUGCCAAGGUUCUUUACGUAGGGAACUUGUUCUUUGAGGUAUCGGAAGAGCAGCUGGAGCGGGAGUUUUCCCGCUUCGGAGCAGUGGUCAAGACCAGGAUCAUCUACGACAAUAGGGGUCUUAGCAAGGGCUUCGGUUAUGUCGAGUUCGAGAGCGAGCAAGAUGCAGGCCGCGCCAUCGAGCAGAUGAACCAGCAAGUUUUCGAAGGCCGCCGCAUGACUGUCCAAUACCACAAGAAGAGGGAACAGACGAGACUGGACGUCCCGAGGCAACAGGCUGAACCCAGCAAGACCCUCUUCAUCGGCAACAUGUCAUUUGAGAUGUCUGACAAGGAUCUGAACAACCUCUUCCGCGACAUCAGGAACGUGCUGGAUGUCAGAGUCGCAAUCGACAGGCGGACAGGCCAACCCAGAGGCUUCGCCCACGCUGACUUCAUCGACGUGCAGAGCGCGCAAAAGGCAAUGGAGGUGCUCAGGAACAAGGAGAUCUAUGGCAGGAAGCUGAGGGUGGACUUCUCACACUCGUCUUCUCAGACACGACAGCAGCCCUCGAGCUAA